GACGGAACCCCAGAGGUCCAGUCCUUCAUCAGGUCGAUUUGCUGUGUGAUCGCUGCCUGCCUUCGUCAGCUUUUAGGACACUAAAUCUGACCCCGUGCCUGCCCCAAAACGAGUUGGAGUAUCGAGUCAGACGGGAACUGCGUGUUGGUCCAUAGUCGGAAGUCAGUGCUGGACAACCAAUUUGCCACGGUCAAACGCUCGAGGAUGGUUACAGCAGCAGCGGAAGCAGCUCACCUACACCGAGGCGUCAACUUCCAAAACAGUUGCUAGGGCUGAAAGAAUCAAGAAGCUGCUCUGAUGCGCCGCAGUGACACAGCCAAGUCUCCGGCGAUAAAAAGAAAAGCGACGAGCCGGGGAGGAGAAACACAAGUGUUGGAGGGCGGUCAGCGAGUUUCCAUUUGAUAGUAGAUGCGCCUGUGGGAGUCUUAACACGACUGGAAGUCUCUGUACAACUCCUGAGGGAUCUGGUGAAGAAUGGAGUGGUAUGUCCUGGUGUUGAUGCUGAGCUUGCCGCCCUCCAUCCACGCAAAUUGCUCUUCACAGUGUCAGAAAUGCGCACAGCAGAUUCUUGGCUCCGACGUCGCCCCCAGCAGCCUGUCGUGCGGUGCGGAGUGUGAGGGCCAGAUGAAGAGCUGUGGCCAGGCUCCCGGGCUGCCAGACUUCAGCCAGGACGAGGCAGCGGAGGAGGACGAGAGCCAGCAGACAGACCUGGUCAAACGCUACGGUGGCUUCAUCAAAAGGAUCGACAAGAGCAAGAACAAAGUAUUCACCUCUCCGUGGCACGACAAUUAUAUCCUGAAGGCCGGCGUACUGCCCAAGAAGUACGAGGACUUGUUGAAGAGGCUGGAAGAGAGAGGUGUAGACGAGCCGGAGGACCCAGACGAUGCUCCGGAUGAUCAGAUGCUCCGUAGUUACGUCAAACGAUACGGUGGCUUUUUACGCAAAUUCGGCCCGAAGUCAAAGAGGAGUAGUUCCGCAGAGCAGGAGAGCCAGGAGCCAGAGGAGCUACAGAAACGCUAUGGAGGCUUCAUGAGGAGGAUCAGACCAAAAUUAAACAACCUGAAAUGGGACAAGCGAUACGGAGGCUUUCUGCGCCGCCACUUCAAAAUAUCUGUGCGCUCAGUGGAGGAGCCAUAUUACUCCUAUGAUGACUUGAGCUUAUAGAUGAAUCCUGCUCAGAAAGGAAAAACUAGAAAGAACUUGUGCAGGUUUACUUGACAUGCCUCCAUUUAUCCCCAAAGUAUCAUAUGCCUGCAUAUCUUGCGUACUGCCUACUCGGGUGACUUCUGUGUAACAACUUUCAUCUCUGUGUUCUUGGCAUCAUUGUCUGUCAUUCAAUAAAGGAUGCUUGUUUAUAAAACUAUGAAUAAA